AACUCCCUACCUACAUUCAUACCAUCCAUCCAUCAACUCUUUCAAUUCUCUCUCUCUCUCUCUCUCUCUCUCUCUCUCUUCAAAACCAGAACCCUUCUUCCUGGUUUCUUUCACCAUUCUACAAUUAAUAACUCAUCUACUUCAUUCAAAGUUCAAACCAAACCAAAACCAUGGUUGAGAAAGACGAUCUAGGUUUGAGUCUUAGCUUGAGCUUUCCUCAGAAUCAUAAUUCCUUACACCUUAAUCUCAUGCCUUCACUUGUUCCUUCUUCUACUUCUUCUUCUUCUCCUUCUUCUGCCUUCAAUCUUCACAAACCCUCAUGGAAUGAACCCUUCCCUUCUUCAGAUCCAAACUCCGAGUCCUGCCGUGCUGAGACCCGGUCUUUUCUUCGAGGAAUCGACGUGAACCGGUUGCCAUCUCAAGCGGAUAACGAAGAAGAAGCGGGUGUCUCCUCGCCUAACAGUACGAUAUCGAGUGUUAGUGGCAAGAGAAGCGAGAGAGAACCGAAUGGAGAAGAGCUCGAGAUUGAGAGAGCUUGUUCUCGUGGUAUUAGUGACGAAGAAGAUGGUGAUACUUCAAGAAAGAAGCUCAGGUUGUCUAAAGAUCAGUCAGCCAUUCUUGAAGAGAGCUUCAAAGAACACAACACUCUCAACCCCAAGCAAAAGAUGGCGUUGGCUAAGCAGCUAGGCCUCAGGCCUAGACAAGUGGAAGUAUGGUUCCAGAACAGAAGGGCAAGGACCAAGCUGAAGCAAACUGAGGUUGACUGUGAGUUUUUAAAGAGAUGCUGUGAAAAUCUGACGGAGGAGAACAGGCGGUUGCAGAAGGAAGUUCAGGAGCUGAGAGCACUGAAAUUUUCCCCGCAAUUCUACAUGCAAAUGACCCCACCUACAACACUGACCAUGUGUCCAUCAUGCGAGCGUGUAGGAGUCCCACCAUCAGCUCCACCCUCGGCCGUUGAUCACAGGACCCAUCACAGGGCUAUACCCAUCAACCCAUGGGCGUCAGUAGCGGGUCCCAUGGCUCAUGGACCGUUCGAUGCAGUCCGUCCUCGAUCGUAAUUAGAGAUCAGAAAUGUAAAAGGGUACUAGUAGUGUUGAAUGUUGAAAGUCUAGGUCUAAGAUACGGUUGGUAGUAUGAUUUGGUGGGUCUUUGUUGGUUUUGCAUGAUUGACCCAUCUAAAUUAUGUUUUGAAAAAGUUGACUAUAUUAGUUAGCUUUAAUUAUAGUGCUAAUUAGUAAUUAAUUUAUUG